AUGAGUUGUACUUACAAAGAAAGAAUGUUUAAUUUACCCGCGACACAACAAGCCAACGGACCGAUGCCUGCUUCUUCACCGGUCGCUUCCGCCUCCUCUUCUUCCUCUUCCUCUUCCUCGUCCCAACCCCAACUUACUAAUGGCGGCCCCAGUCAAAUCCGACUACCACCAAAAAAGGACUUCCGCUCAGAGUCGGAGCAACAACAAUUACAACAGAUUCAAAAGGUGUCGCCUUUUCCAACUUCAGGCACGCAAUCGCAGGCAAUUCGAAAUGCUGACAGCCCCCUCGAUUUGUCAGUCAAGACUCGAAAACGUUCCGCUGACACAACAAUCUUCGAUUACUUCCUUGGGGGGAUGUCACCGCUGAAACGGACCAAGGCUGCUACGACGGGGGUACCUCCAAUACCGUUGGAUCUAACCAAAACAAAGACUUCACCAAUGAAACAGAUGGUACCUCCGCCUGGCAUGAUGAGUCCCACCUACACAACCACAAACCCUUACGCCUACAAAACGAUGGCGCCAAAAGCCUCUUCUUCAUCUUCCGCGUCUCCGUCAAAACUAAAACACGUUAAACCGUCCAAAGGUAAAGAAGUUCAUAACACAAUUCGGUCCUUACCCCCGGACAGUGUGAGCCGGAUAACGGUCGGUCAGCAGCAACAGACUACUUCAAAUCGACAGAAGCUGCCCGGUGGCUAUAUCAGCUUUCCAUCAAUGUUUACUCCACAGCCUACAUCAGUGGGGGCUGCAGGACUGAGUCCUUCUUCUUUGAUGGCUAAAUCCCAAACAGGCCACGGGGGCGACUCAAGAGUUUCUGGUUCUCAUCAGCAAAUUUCGCACGGUCUGCGGGAAGUGUCUGCAGAAUCGAUGAAGUCCUCGUCACAGCGGGGCCUUACUUUGUUUGAACAGCAGCAACACGGUCAGUCAACGUCGCGUUCGCACCACAUACAACAAUACCAAUAUUCGCAACAGCGCCAACUUCACCCCAGUCAGCAGCAACAUUAUCAGCCUACCCGGCAAAUGCACGCUACGGCGAACCAACGACCUCAACACACAUCCCAGAGACCCCCACCCAUCCAACAACAGUCCGCCUCAAGUCAGCGCCCUCAAGCACCACCACCACACUGCCAGCCCAACCCACGCCUUCGUGACCACGAUCUCGUAACCCAGCAACACCGUCUCCAGCAACAGCGUCUGCAGCAACAUUUUCUGCAACAGCAGCAGCAACGCCAACAACAGUCACCAAUUCAUCCAGCUUCGUCUUCAUCGUCCCUUACUUCUCCCAUCGCCAUCUCUUCACCCUCCUCCCCAUCUGUAACUGUGCUCUCAUCUACAUCGUCGUCGUCCUCUACUUCGCUGGCGGCAUCUGUCUCCUCUUCCUCCUCAUCAACGUCAGCCUCAUCUACCCGCUUACUACCCCUUUCUGUCAGUAGCGCCUAUUCCGAGAUAUCGGCUACUGGCGGAGCAGUUGGGGUGUCGGCGAAGGUUUUCCCGUUCCACCAAAUAGAACAGUCGUCGAAGAAAUACGACAACCUGCCGUCGACACACAAGUUGCGCCCGAACGGAAACGUAGGUAUGGCCAGUGAUGGUAUAACAAGUAAUAAUAAUAGUAGCAUCGAGAUGACGUCCGGCGGUAUGAGCAGAUAUAGUCCCGACAGCACAGACUGUACGAUCUCAGGGGUCACAAGACGCGUGCCGCUGGUGUCGGAUCUCCACUCUCAGCAGCGCCACUUACACCAAACUUAUCAGGACCAGCAAGAACUGUCUGCCCUGUACGCGGGAAUCCCUAUAGAUAAGCUAGCAAACUCUGCCAACAGCAAAACACCUUCAGGCUAUAAAACAAUGCCGAUGUCUCCGUACCACCAACAACAAAUGUAUGUACCAGCUGCAUUCCAGAAACUUUCACAGGCCGAUGGUCAAAAGAAACAUUCUCAAAUAGUCAGUAACAACAUAUCUGGGUCGGCCAAAUCGGCUUCGAUUCUUUCCGAAUCUCCGUCGAGUAAAGCGUACCAUUCAGCUUAUCACUACCAGCAACAACAAAGACAUAUAUUAAUGACGGCUAAUAAAUAUGAAGGCGCCACUGUAGUCGCUGCUACUGCUCCUGCUGUUUCGGGCCCGCAUCAUAUCACCUCGCCACCGUCAUCUUAUUCGUCAUCUGUCCCCACCACCACGUCGUCUUCUUCCUCCUCCACCUCUUCUUCUUCUAUGGUGUCCGUCCAGAGUAAACAAAAGAUAAAACAACCGCCGCAGACGUUACACUACAAUAAUCUAUCGAUGAAAUCUCCGUCACGUUCGAGUUUGGAACUGCUAAGGAUAUCAAAUGACAGCAACGAUGACGUAAAGAUCAUUGGAUCGACCCCAGGUCCUGGAUCUUCCGCGUCCUCCUCAAACACCCCAUCGCGCCCCAUGAAAGAAGUACCCGUGAUCAACAUAAUCUCUGAUAGCCAAGAGUCGCUGUCACCCGGCCGCGGCUCUGCGAAAUCUCUAGUCGCAUCUGGUAACGGUCCAUCAAUAAGUGGCAGAGGAGCUCAUACAGCAAGCUCUCAACAAGGAUCGGAAUCUGCCAAGAUAUUCACUACCCCUCUUUCUAUCAACAUCCCUAGUGAAUCUUCGACGGAAUCGUCUGCUUCGGGGACGACAACCGGCGGUGCUGGGAAGUCAGAGGCCGCUUCUGGGAAGUCGUCUCUGACUGAAAGUAGAGACCCGAAAUUAGGUUCACGAAAACACAUAAUCAUGAACGCUGUCAACCACGACGAAGCCCUGAAAAAGGUCUUCCACGUCGAUAACGGCAGCGGUACCAGCCUCAAUCCCCAUGAAGAGUCCUUAUCAGAAACUUCCUUUAACAGUAUUAGCCCCGCUCCCUCGCCCAAGAUGCCAAUUCUUAGUCCACAGCACAAAAAUCCACCUCGUAUGGGAUCUCCAUCCACGAGUGACCCUCCACCUCUCGAGCCCAGCCCGGCCACAUUCUUGGAAAAUCCAAGUCCAGUGUCCUUCGUUCAAGAGAAUUUAUCGAACAAUGACCAAAUUAUUCGGCCCAACUUGGAAAUCAAACGGGCUCCGACUAACGCUCCCCCUCAAAGACCCAAGCCACCAAUCGCUUACCUCCAAGACCCAAUGUUCCGCGCCCAGUUCCCAUCGUCAGUCUUCGGCCAGCAUACGCCCUACCUUUCCGCAUUUAACGCGCCUAUGCAUCCAUACAUGCACCUGAUGCCGACGGCUGAGCAUACGGUACACGCGACUGCUUCAGCAGCCGCAGCGGCAACGCGUAUCCCCGAGGGUAACGGGAAUACCGGAAGUGGAGUACCCCCAGCUGGUAUGGCGGGUGCAAAUGGCGGCAAGGUGGUUAUGGACAGUCUUCGGGAGAAACGAGAAGGGUUUAAUGUACGUAGUACUGUACGCAACAAAAACAUUCCAGUAGCUAAUGUAGCUCCUAUUGUUCAAGGUAAACAUUAUCGACAAAGCACAUCGACAAAUAGUGGUAGAGGAAAUACGAAUAAUGUUAAUAAUAAUGUCGGUCCGAAUCUGGGUUUGCCGCUGAAUGCGACAAGUAGUAAUGGUGAAAUUAAUCACAGUACCAAUUCAGACGAAGUAAAGAUAAUUUCAGCGUCGAAUGAUGGGCCUUACCGAUCGAGUGGGGUCGGCGAGAAGGGCAAAUCGAAAAGCGGUUCGAUCGUUACGGGCGCUGGAGGUGGAGGCGACAGUAGUGCUGGUGGCGGUGGUGGUUUGAAGGAAGCCAGCGGCAAGGUGAGCCCCACCAUGCCGAGGACCUUCUUCUCCCCGCACAAUAUCAUUUCCAUGUUCAAAAACUCGAAAAAUGAAAAGAUCCUGGAAUCGAUGUGCUGCGACAAGAACGCCCAGCGCGGGAAAAUGUCGCUGAAGGACGCGAUUAACACUUUGCUGGAGAAACACUGCAAGGAAUUGCACGUGGAAACGGACCAGGGUGAAGGCAGCCCUUCGUGCCUAUCGUCUUCCUCGAGAUCUAGCGAUGUAGAAAUCAUCGAAAACCCCUUCGAAAGGGACGAUGAUCCACUCAUUACAGAGACAACCAGUUCAACAACCACUCUCAAUAGUACCACCACCAACACCAACACCACCAACAGCAACAACCAUUCAGCUAACAGCAAACAACAUCCUCUUUUACACCGACACUCUGGCACCACCACUAAUACUACUACUACAAUUACAACUACUAUUACUAACACUACGACUUUCGGCACGAUUGUAUCCAGUGCCAUUAAUGGUGCAACCUUAGCUGAUAACAAUAGGCCAACCAUUCCUAGUAAUGAACGACUGCCUGGAGCUUUUACCUCGAAGAAACAACAAAAUCGUCAGCUUUUAUUACAACCUCAAGAUCAUGACGAUGAAGAUGUGAUAACGUUGACUGUUGAAUCAAACCCUAAAUUUAAUACAACCAAUAUUAAUAAUAGCGCGGGUACGAGCAGUAAAAAUCGGUUAGGUAACCUCCAGACAGACGCUCAUAUGAACCGGUUAAAGCAGAAACUGCUUCAAUCGGUGCCUGUCGACAUGUCAAAUUCUGAGGUCCCUUCAACUGGUUACAAGAAAUACAACUGCAAAAGUGGUGAUGUGCCUGGUGUAAACAGUACCAGUGCGAAAAGUCGCAACGCUUGUAACCAUGUAAGCGACAAGCAUCAAUUAAAAGAGUCGGGAAAAGCCGAGGAGGCAGCCCUAGAUGAUCUGUGUCAGUCGGCGGUCACCAAUACCCGGGAACGCAUCCCGGAUAAGUAUCCCGGUGCAGAUGGGCAGAGACUUGGUUCGCAGCGGGCCCAACACUGUCAGGAAAAGAAGAGCUUUACAUCCGAUAUUCACAAAGUAGUCAAGAAUCAGGGCAGAACGGAACAGAAUCUUGAAGACGUUUUCAACCGGACCAAAGGAAAAGACAAGUAUUUGUCGGAGAAGCGUAAAACCUCCGGUAGAAGACUCGCCGAAGAAUUAAAACGAAAAGCUGUUUUGAGAGCCGUUGUUUACCGGAAAACCCUUUACCAGGAAUUUAACGAACGGAUUCGAAUAGGACGUACCCACAAGGACGGAGAAAGCCGCAUCAUCAUGACAAGGUCCAGUACCAGGGAUAGAGGUUCACAAAGGACGCGCCGCCGGUCAUCCCUUCGGCCGAGGGCUGCCCGUCCUCAGCGUGGUGCCCUCGUCGAAAAAGACAGCGAGGAGGAUGAAAGUUUACCCGGAUGCUGGGAAAUCGAACGCAGUAGUCCCUCUCUGAGACUGCGCAGAAGACGCGGAGGUGCUAUCGCCGCAAACAAUAGUAAUAGUAUUAGUAAUAUAAAUGAUUCCACAGCUGGGUCAGGGAGUAUUAAUAAUAAUAAUAAUAAUAAUAAUAAUACGAACACUAACAAAAGGCGUCUCAUGAUGACCUUGCACUGGAGACCACGGAGAGCUUCCAAAAAUUUCUGCGUUGCCGGUCGAAGGAAGUACCGUGUUGUGACUCGAUAUUCGUCCAGGAGCAAACGAAAUAUGUUUGGAAGCCAGUUACCGCAUAGCUACAACCGGCAGACACUUGACUGGGCAGAAGUACGCCAACUGCCCGUGCCGGCUCGCAAAAAUCCACCCGGUAGUUCUACUCGUACAACUACGGUGGAUAUGGAAGAACUUCGAGAUGAUGAAACAGAAAGCGUGGCGAGUAAUUCUAACAGCAUUGGUGGAACGCUACCAAUUCCACCAGAAAUUCGGCGGAUAGCUAUAAAUAAGAAUUCCGGCGAAACAUUACUGCAUCGUUCAGCACGCUGUGGAUAUGAGGACGUGUUGCUCCAUUGUUUAGAAACGAAAUCUGUCGACGUGAAUGCACGUGACAAUGCUGGCUUCACACCUCUGCACGAAUGCUGCGUCCGGGGAAACCUCCUUAUCGCUCGUUAUCUCAUCUCAUACGGCGCUGACGUUAAUCAGUGCUCCCAGGACGGAAUCAGUUUUUUUUCUCUCUUUCGCUCUCUCUCUCUUUCUCUCUCUCUCUCUCUCUCUCUUUCGCUCUCUUUCUCUCUCUUUCUCUCUUUCUCUCUCUCUUUCUCUCUCUCUUUUUCUUUUUCUUUCUCUCACUUUCAUUCUCUUUAUUUUUUCUUUCUCUUUCUCAUUCUUUCUCUCUCUCAUUCUCUCUCAUUCUUUCUCUCUCAUUCUCUCUCUCUCAUUCUCUCUCAUUCUCUCUCUCUCAUUCUCUCUCAUUCUCUCUCUCUCAUUCUCUCUCAUUCUCUCUCUCUCAUUCUCUCUCUCUCUCUCAUUCUCUUUCAUUCUUUGUUUGUUUCUCUCUCUCAUUCUUUCUGUUUCAUUCUCUCUCUCAUUCUUUCUGUUUCUCUAAUUCUUUCUGUUUCUCUCAUUCUUUCUGUUUCUCUCUCUCUCUCUCUCUUUCUGUUUCUCUCUCUCUCUCUUUCUGUUUCUCUCUCUCUCUCUCUUUCUGUUUCUCUUUAUUAUUAUUAUUAUUAUUAUUAUAGUAUACUCACUCGACUACUUUUUAACAACCCUGACAUUUUAUAUCUGCCAUUGCGAACUGAUAAGCUCACAAGUCAGACGCUACGUGAUCUGGAAGUGAAUGACUGUGCUCUCUAUCGACGUAGUUUUCUCGUUGCAACCCAUUCGCUUUAUGUGCCUACCAAGUUGAACGUAGGAUAUCUCGAGUUUAUAAACAAGGUUAACAUAACAUAUUUUUUGCCUUUUCUCAUAUUAUCUAUCUGUUUUUUUUCUCUCUCUCUCGUCUCUGGUUUUCUCUCUCUCUCACACUGGUUUUCUCUCUCUCUCUCUCUCUCCUCUGGUUUUCUCUCUCUCACUUCUCUGGUUUUCUCUGGUUUUUCUCUCUCUCACUUCUCUGGUUUUUCUCUCUCUCACUUCUCUGGUUUUUCUCUCUCUCACUUCUCUGGUUUUUCUCUCUCUCUCUUCUCUGGUUUUCUCUCUCUCUCUUCUCUGUUUCUCUCUUUCGUCUCUGUGAAAUCUCUCUGUCUCUUUGUCUAUCUCCUUCUCUUUCUCCUUCUCUUUGUCUAUCUCCUUCUCUUUCUCUCUCUCGCUUUCUCAUUUAUUUUUUUAAAUUAUUUUUACUUUUUGUACAAAUAUGAACGCUGCUCUCGAUGGAUUUCAUAUCUAAUUACACGUGUUUCCCUUCGAUCUCUCCGAUACAUGGUUUCUUAUAUGAUUUUAUUUGUUUCGUUUUUUUUUUUUUUUUUUUUUGUUUUUUAUUCUUUCCCCCCCCUCUCUCUUUCACCUUUACGUUUACCUCUUUUGCAUUUACGUUUGUUCUAUCUCUUCUGUCCGUCUGUUUCUCACGCCAUUUACGUCAUUCGUUUGUCCUCUCUCGCCUUAUUUUUACCUCGUUCUCUUUCGUCUUUACGUCUCUCCUUUCUCUGUCUCUCUUCUAAAUUGCUCAUUCUUUGA